CGGCCCACCUCAACCGAGGUUAUUCGAUCAAGCACCGCACGCGUACAGUUAUCGAGGGGGACGGUAUCGGGAAGGUGGCCAAAGAAACGAGGACUGAGGAGAAGAGUUAGGUGGCGAGUCGAAACGGGAGCUGAUAAAACAUGCCGGCAGCUGAACCUCAGCUCGUCCGUCCUCUUGCUUUUGCCCACAGCGGAAAGCCGGGUUUACCUGACUCAAGGUCGUCUUCGUAUUUCUUUCCGCCGGCCGCUGCUGCCGAGAUACGUUUAGCUCAUGACAAGCCCGUUAUGAAUACAAUACUAAUCAGUCCCCACAAGCUAAUUGUCUUGGGGAACGACGUGGGGGUGUCGUGGAGUACCGUGGUACCACGGCCUUUCUUCUCCCUUCAAGGGCGAAAACGAGCUCAUAGAUUAGAUCUCGAGUGUUGCUUUUGCUUCAAUGAACAGUGCCUCUUUUUUCCUCCGGAUGGCGAAACAAGCGUGGCUUUCCAAGUUCGAGGCCGCAUUGACGUUCUUCGCCCUUCCCAAUGCGUUCAUCGGCGGCGAAGUCUAGCCUCACCACCCGCAUGCAUAUGCAGAAAACAAGUCCACUUGAGCUGUCCGGUCUCCUCGCCCAACCAGCUUGAGGGACGGUGGGUUGGAGAAGGAACUAUGAUCGGCACGCAUGCCGAUGCAUGCCUGGAGCUAUCGAUCCCCCGCCCCGUGGUGACCCUAAGACGUGUCGGAGAUGCAGCGAUUCCCCAGAUCACCCUCGACCUGCAGGCAUGCGUGUGCGGGCGUGCUGAUACUCCAGGAUCGGCCGAUUCUGCAGCCUCUUGUCACUUCCAACGCACGUUGAGUCUCCCGCGUCCAAGUACGGCGGUGUUGGUAUAUCCGCACUCAGCUUACAGCCCGAGCUUCCCAAUGCUAGCCGGCUAGAUAUAGAUAUGCCACACAGCAGCGAUGCCCCGGUCUGCCCGAAGACGGCUUUCGUCACAGUGCCAACAAGGGGUGUCUCACACCUC